AUGUCCGAAUCCUUUGCCCUUCUCCGCCAACGCCGCUCCGACGAGCUCACCAAGCUCGCUGACGAGCACAUCCAGCAUGAUCUCCAACCGGAAGACCGCGACAAGCUCAAAGCGGCAGCUUCCUCGAUCUCACUCUGGACCACCGUUGGAUCAGCAGUUGGUGUGAGUCUUGGUCUUUUUGCGGCUAUGCGUCUGCGCAGCACGCGCAGGGCAUUCUUCUCGGCUAUCCGGGCUCAGGAACGGCCUACAAAGGUUGUUUUCGAGGAUGGACGGACUGAAUCAAUUCCCGAUCUCACGCCGUUGUUGAAGCCGACUACAUUGGGGGAUUUCGCGACCUACUUCUUUGCUUCGGCUGGUGGACUGCUCUUGGGUGGAGAACUUGGAUUUGCUGGCGGUGCGGCGAACGCUACUCGGGGCAUCUCGUCUGAGCCGGAGAGCAAGCGAAGAAUCGAGACCGCGUUCCGGAGAUUCCGGUCGGACUUGCUGCGAAAGCAGGCUGAUGCUAUUGACAAGGGAGACCACAGCUCUGGUCUUGUAUAA